UGUGAGCUCAGUUAUACGUCGGUCUAUUGCGAGCUCCGCCAAUACAUAAAGCCUGGGGGUGCACCCUCCGUGUGGACGCCAAGGCUGCAGUCCUUGCCCAUCCGUCCUUUGUGAUUAACUAACUUUGCCACGACAUCGCCAUGUAUGAACGAGAGAUCAUCUAUGCGUUGAUUCUCGCAGCUCCGCUGCUCGUUCUCGUGCGGAGGAGAAUGAAUCCGCUCUACCGCAUACCAGCUGUGGGGCCUUCUGCACCCAUCCUGUCCUAUUGGGGCGCGCUGAAAUUCUUCGUAAAUGCGCGCGAGAUGCUUCAGGAAGGUUACUCGAAGUACAGAGGUUCUGUAUUCAGGGUGCCUCUACUGGAUCGCUGGGUAGUGGUGUUCAGCGGCGCUGCCAUGAAUGACGAACUCCGGAAAUUCCCCGAUGAACAGAUGUCCUUCAUGGAUGCUGCUGAAGAACUUGUGCAGGCCAGGUACACGAUCGCGAAAGAGAUUCACGAGAACCCUAUGCAUAUUGCAGUGAUCCGUGGACCCUUCACGCGCAACUUGGGCGUCCUCAUGCCAGACGUUGCGGACGAAGUCGCGUCAGCCCUGCAAGAGGCCAUUCCAGACGAGGGCGAUGAAUGGGUCGGUGUCGUCGCCUUCCCCGCAAUGACGCGUGUCGUGUGUCGUGCGAGCAAUCGCGUGUUUAUCGGUCUCCCGAUGUGCCGGAACUCGGAAUACCUGGAGAUCGUCUUGAACUACGCUAAAGAUGUCGCAAAGGGUCGCUUUAUCAUGACCAUUACGCCAAUCAUGUUGAAGCCCAUCGUGGGCCGCUUACUCCCUUGGUCGAAGAAUGCGCUGAAGAAAUUUGCCGUCCUUGUGAGACCUAUUGUCGACGAAACGUUCCGGCAAUUCGAGCACCACGGAAAGGAAUGGGGCGACAAACCGAAAAACCUGCUGACCUGGCUCACGGAAGAAGCCAAAGCCAAGGGCGUCAGAGCGGAGAUCGUGGUCUCUGCCCUCCUAUCAAGCAACUUUGUCGCCAUCCACACAUCUUCCAUCAGCGUGACACAUGCCCUCUACCACAUUGCGGCCUCCCCCGAGGUUGUUGCGCCACUUCGCGAAGAGAUCGAGACGGCCAUCAAGAAGCACGGAUGGACGAAGCAAGCAAUCAGCGAGAUGUGGAAACUCGACAGCUUCAUGCGAGAGUCACAACGCUUCAACGGCACGAGUGGCGUGUCUGUCAUCCGCAAAGCCAUGAUUGACAUCAGACUCGCCGACGGGACGGUGAUACCGGCAGGCACGCUGGUCGGAGCCGCUGCUGACGCGACGCAUUGGGACGACGAUAACUAUGAUGACGCUGGCGUAUUCAAUCCGUUCCGGUUCUCCGACAUGAGGGCAGACGAGAGCGAACGGAUCAAACACCAGUUCGUGAGCACGUCGCCCGAGUACGUGCCCUUCGGACAUGGCAAGCAUGCCUGCCCCGGUCGUUUCUUUGCUGGCAAUGAGCUGAAGACGAUCAUUGCCCACCUUGUCCUGAAGUUCGAUAUGAAGUUCGAAGAUGACGGUCCUAGGCCGCCGAACAAGUGGUUCGCAGCGGCUGUGCUCCCUGAUAUGAGCGCAAAGGUGUACUUCCGCAAGAGACAGACGGUCACUGCAUAGACUGUCUCGUCUGUCAUCCCGACCUCCCAGAUUUCCAAUUUUCUGUCGCGGUUGCACUGUUGAAGUCGAGCCUGAUUGACGCAUUCAUGCAUCUGUCUGUAACUAGACGUGUUUCAUGAGCCGAUUGUAGACAUACUUGUAGCACCUGUAUUCUGUAUUUCUGUACGACUUCGAUGAAUGUCUGAUGCUCCCUUGAGGCUAUGGGGUGCCGUUGAGACGUACUCACGUCCAGUGAUCGAGCAUCUGGU